UUUUUUUUUUUGGGUGCCAAACACAAACUUUUAUUAAUAAGCAAAAAGUGCUUCUGCUAAAAGCACAAGCGAAUAUUCUGAGACGCAACCUUAUCCACAAUUGCUUCGUACGUGUACGUACGCUCCCACCACCACCAAUGCUAAUCCACUGCAACGCACUCCUGCUACCUCACACCCCACCACCGAUCCUACGCAGCGCCGUAAACGGAAAGUCGGCGCCGAGUUCAGCCUACAAACGGAAGAAUACGGCGCCGACUACACGUGCUCGAAGGGAUUAUUAUUAUUAUUAUUAUUAUUAUUGUAGUAGUUAUAAUAAGAGUAUUAAUGUGGUGUGUGGUGCGAGGAGAAGGGCGAGGUACGAGGAAGAGGAUGGAGGAGGAGAAGAAGAGUACGGGCACAAUGACGAGAUCGCGCUGCUCGAAUCUUACAGCGAGUCCGCGAGGGACGAGGCGCUGCUGGUCACCGCCGCCGUCGAUGGCGACGAUGAACAGGUGCUCAUCUUUAAGGGGUUCUCGUCGUGCUUGAGCUCCAGAACUGCGGCGGAUCCGUCGAGAAGCGUGCUGCCGGCGAGGGCAGUGAUACAGUCCAUAGAUGUUGUCAGGGGGCCUUUUGAUCCAAACAACAUUCAGUACUUGGAGAAGGGCUUGACAUGGGAAGCUUUCAGAAGCCGACUGCAGCAACCCAGAAAGUAUGAAGCACCGAAUGCGCCGGAGAAGUUUUAAGU